AUCUGGAGUAGAUAGCAAUUUUGUUUUAUUAUGUCAUCAAUAAUUCAGAAUGAGUGAUCAUUAAAACUUGGAGAGUGUUAUAUGGAAAACCAACGAUGGGAAUGCAAAAUUCAUUGUCUUCAAAAGCCCCAGGAAGAUCCAGUAAAGCUAAAUCCAAACAAAAUAUCGGCUCCUGAAAACUCUCUAAUAAAGAUCUCAAGCAAGGGAAACUCGGCCACUCAUGUCUUUGCAAAAGUCACAGCAUUUGAUAAAGAACUGAAGAACCAUGGACUCAGUAUGGAGUAUGACAUGUCAAAGGUGUUUGAGUUUCAGAGUAAUGAGGAGGUUGUUGUUGAGGUUGUCCAAGAAUCAUCAUGCGAGGUUCACAUGGUAGAGGUGACUUGUGCAGACCAGUAUGUGAGCAGGGGAGACAUGUGGCGUUUUAAAGAUAACGUCGUUGGGACUUGCACCUACAAGAAGAAACACAUGGACUUCAGCUGGAUUCACGUGCAAGUAGCUUCAAUGUAUGAUGAAAGUGGGGAGGAGAUGUUGUCAGGGUUUAUCAGUGAGAACACCCACGUCACCUAUCGGUCUCUUUCCUCCUACACUCAACUAUUUAUUCAGAUCGGUAAGGAAAUGUGGGAGAAUGACUACGAGGGCAUGGAAAACUGGGAAAAUUUCGAAAAGGUGGUGUAUCAGUUUGUGAAGACUCUGUUUGACAAAUGGGAAGCGAACAAAGCAAACCACGAUCUGCAGAUCAUCUUCUUUACCAGACUCUUCUUUGAGAUUAACAAAUACCCAGAAUACAAAGAGGAAGUUAUUCAGUUUGACUGUGAUGGUAGACCCUAUCUUGACAUAUACGAUAUCGUUUGUGACGGUGGAAACAUAACAGACGUCAAAUCAAUAAUAGGUGUAAUGAAGAGACGUUUCAACAAGUUGAGUCUGAUAAUAGAUAACUUAGAGAAGGAUUACAAGGUUGAGGUAUCACCGAGUGCCAAGGGGAACUUUCUCGAGUGUAUAAAUCUGGCUCUGGAUCAUUACACCAGUCAUUUCCAGCAGGAUAGAGUACACUACAGAACUGGACAGCAAAUAGUGGUCGUCACCGCGGGAUCUGGAAUGUUCUACCUUGAUCGGGAGCUUACCAACUUCACCAAACAUCGGGUCCUGGAUAUGGGGGUUGGGGCGGAUGUGGUGUGCCUUGGGAGCAAACCUCUCCAUGCCACGCCCCUUUUUGUAUUCCAGGAGCAGCAGAUAAGAAAAGGAGAGGAGAGAAUAUUUGAUAAGUACCAGGUACCACAUUGGAUGAACAUGCAUUUUUAUGCGAUGAAUAACAAGCCCAGAGAGUUUGUACCUAUCAUAGGUCUGACAGGAGAGGCCACGAAGAGCAGCAGAAUAGUGCCGUUCAGAGGUCCGGCUCCUUCCUUCCCGGGCAUGAACUUGGAGAACUGCACCAUGAAGCAGCUGAGUCAACUGUGUGACGACUACGACGCUACCCUCAUGAAGUGCCCUGUUAUGCACCACACCUCUUCCUCUACAUUCGAGAUUAACAGCGAUGAUAAUAAUGGUCCCAGUAGCUUGUCCAGCGAUGCGGAGAUCCACUCAAGCUCUCUUGGGACUACACCAUCUCUGGAUCGCCGGAGAAAUGCAGCUCAUAACCCCAUACCAGAGAGCAACCCUUUCAAACCCUCCUCUUUACCUCGUCCAGUUACAAACAGUAGACGACGCUGGGCGCACGUGUUUCCCUCCGCAAAGCCUCCCCAGAAGAACUGGCAUGGUUUGUCACGAAGUCUGAGGAUAGAACAAGAUGAGGACGCUGACCAUGUGGACUGGCAGAGUUUAAUAGCACCAGCUUGCUUCCCCAUCACCACCGACUACUAUCCUGACACAAGGUACAUUGCUAAUGAGUGUAAAGAACAUCCCAAUCCGCUGUCUUCUACCGACAUCAAACAGCUCCAAAGAGAGAUUAUUAUUCAGCGGAUAUCGAGGGGGUUCCAGAUUGUUCUGAAGAAGAAUCAGAGCAAGAGUAGUUUGACGGUUAGCUUGGGAGACACAUACCACGAUAUCAAACUUCUUGAUAAUUACACAAGCGGCACCAGCAGUGGGACAAUAACUGUCAAAAUUAGUAAACCAGAGAAAAAGGCACAAUUCCCUGAAACUCAGAGAAUCUACAAAUACUGUUUGUUGCCCUAUCUGGGCAAACUGGACGAUAUUGAUAGUUGCCUAUUAAACUGUCAGUCAGAGAGGACGACCAGAGAAGCGAGAGUGGAUGUUAACUGGAACCAGUUUGAUAUGUACAUUCACAGACUGAUCGAUCCUGAUCUGGGUGAUGAUAUGAGACCGACAUUGGGCCAGACUUCUCAGUUGAGUCCGUGGAAAUCCAGAUACGUCAUUUUACCUCGACCUGACUUUUACUUCCCCGACCAUAACGCUUGCAAUUUACACUUAGUGGAGAAGGUGAUCGUUAUCAAUUUCUACAACAUUCUCUUCGCUAUGAAUCAUAUCAAGCAUCAAGAUGAUGAUCCGAGACGAUCUCUGAGUGUAAGCUCCAUGUUUGGCUACCAGUCAGCACCAAAUUCUCCCUCUUACGCGGUUAUAGACGACACCUGUCGGCCCAGGACCAGCACACUUGUUGAUACUAAAAGUUUCUCCUUCUCAACGGGAUCAUCUGAAGACGAGAACCUAAAGACAGAUUCUGACAAAGAAAGCUCGAAGAGUUCCAUGUUUACGCUGUUCAAAAAAUCAAAAUCGAGUGACCUGAACUUGGAUAGCAACGACCUGAAAGAGUUUAGAGAUAGCAUGCUGGCUCCAAACAGUGCAAUGAAGUUUAUAUCUGUUCCACCUAAAACAAACCUCCCUGGUCACAUUUUCCAGCCCAAUCUCCCACCCAAUACCUUCUUAGGAUCUUAUCUUGUGGACUUUGUGAGACGGACACGCGAGGAUGUUACUUCAGAGAACAAAGUACUUGAGUUCUGUCAGGAGUUGUUAAAACAGAAAAUAAUCGAAGAGACUAUUGAGCAUGAUGAGAAACCUGCUAGUCCGGUCUUUGUUAACGGGUUCUACUUUUACAAUAUCAAGCCUGACAAACCAUCGAAAGAAAAGUCGAUGCCAAAGAUUUUGUUUGAAGUUGCAACACCUGACAUGCCGAACCGAAUCGAGCACUUCUUUCCCAUUACGGACACUGAUGUCGAUAUACAAAAUGUCAAUGCCAAGUUGGGUGACAGGAAAGAAUUUUUCACAGUUGAUUACGAUUCAUGUUAUGAUCCUCAGUAUGCAUUUGGUCUUACAGUCCAAUGGGACCGAGCCACUGCACAAAUCAUUGAGAUGUGUUACCUUAGUAAGUGGCGGAACAGGGCGGAAAAGAUGGGCUUCCAAUUCGUACAAGUUCCUCUGAAUCCGUUUGAUUCACCAGAGAUGGGCCAGGUGCCAAAUAGAAUGCCACCAGAAGUCACGCCAUUCCGUGCACCAAUAGACAUCCCUAUUCCAAAUGUAGAUAUCAUGUGUAUCUACGAUAUGCUCUACCAGUUCGGAUUUCUACACGACUACCCUGCUGGUGUUUUCCCCUCAGAUAAGAUCGCAGAGUACGAUUAUCGUAAGAAUGACUUUGUUCAUCUCUCAGGGAUCGCUUUGGUUAGAAUCAGCUUCACCUCGAAGACACCUGUUCUAAAAUGGGCAUCCAAUGCCUUCUUGGGGUCAAGAAAAUGGCAUCCCAAGAUAUUUUUACCCAACAACAAAAAGGAGGAAAAGUUUUAUCAAAUGUCGUUUGAAGAUCUGCUGGACAGAUUUAGGUUGCAUUUGGAUAGGUAUUUUUCUUAUUUGGUUACAGAUUCUGAAGUUUAAAUCUUUAAGUUGGCUAAUUUUUCUUUGUUUUUUCCAUAAUGACGCAGUAUUAAAUGCACAUGUAAACGGCAUGUAAACCAGGUCGAUUGAACUAAUGUGGGGUAUUUUUUUUUUGAUUUCUAGUUUAAUGUUUAUUAAUUGACGAUUGAUUCAGUUUGACCAAUUUCGUGCUAGUUUUUUGUCC